UAGACACAGGGAGUCGCCGUAAGUAGAGCGCAGGCCGUCGUUUUGGUUCCCGCUGGAAAUUAGAAACGACCAAAAGCAGGAGCAUGGACUCCCUCGUCGACUCCCUCCGCCACAGAGUUCAGGAAUUAGAGGCAUUAAAUGCCAAGUUGUCAUCACAACUCGCAGUUUGUCGCUGCCAUCAGGACAAGAAUGAAGACUCUUCUGUAAGUUCUGACAAUGCAGAUGAGAAAAGCGGGAAAUUGAGCUUUCAAAAUAAGAAGACCAUCAGGGAGAAAGUUAAAGAGAAGUUUCCGGGUUAUGACACAAGGAUCAUGAAUCACCACAGCAAGAGAUAUGUUGCUUUGAAAGUCAUGUAUUUUGGCAGAAGGUUCUAUGGCUUUGCUGCAGAGGCACAGAUGGAUCCAACUGUUGAGUCUGAAAUUUUCAAAGCUCUUGAGAAGACAAGACUUUUAAUCGGUGAUAAGAAGGAAUCACAUUACUCAAGAUGUGGUAGGACAGACAAGGGAGUUUCUGCUGUUGGGCAAGUAACUCAUUUGAGUUUGAUCUCAUAUAUAAGCUCACCACAUUCCAAUUGCAUAAUACAUUCUCCUUUGUUUCCCUCAGAAGGUGAAAUCGAUUAUGUGAGGGUGCUGAAUCGAGCCCUUCCGGAUGAUAUUCGAGUUUUUGGUUGGUGUCCUGUACCAUUGGGUUUCAGUGCGAGGUUUAGCUGUCUAAGCAGGGAGUAUUAUUAUUUAUUUUGGGGGGGAAAUCUGAAUUUCUUGGCUAUGGAGACUGCUGGUAGGAAAUUUGUUGGUGAACAUGACUUCAGAAACUUCUGUAAGAUGGAUGCACUUAACGUGCACAACUACAGGCGGAAAAUCACUUCAUUUGCAAUAUCUCCUUGUGAUGUGAGGUUUGAGGGAAAUCAGCUUUGGGCAUUUAAAAUCAAAGGGAGUGCUUUCCUCUGGCAUCAGGUCCGAUGCAUGGUUGCUAUACUACUCUUGAUUGGCCAAGGUCAUGAAUCUCCAGAUGUGGUAGAUGCAUUACUGGAUACUGACAAAAUCCCGAGAAAACCUCAAUAUGGCAUGGCGCCAGAGAUUCCCUUGGUUCUUCAAUUCUGUGAAUUUGAGGGUCUCAAGUUCACUUGCUCUUCAGAUGCCUGUCAAGCUUUGCAAAUACACUUGGCUUCUGAAUGUCGAAACUAUCAUCUCCAAGCUGCAAUUUUUAAUGAGGCUCUAAGAUGCUGUUUGCCAGUAGAAAAAGAUCAGAGCUCCUUGGAUAAUAAUGGAACAAUGAAAAAGAAAUCUUCCCAUGUUCCACUCAUGUCGCGCCCAACUGAGCCAUCGUAUGAAGAGAGACGUGCAAAAUUAAACACAAGAACAUGCAGACUGAAGAGUUUAUGACAUUAUCAUGGAGAUUAAGAGCAUGUUGUAUCAAUAGUUGUGAUGGUUUUCACAAGAAAAAAAAAAUGAAUAGAAUAGUUACAGACAGAAUUUUAAAACCAUAGUCCGGUUCUUUGAUUUUUUUCCGAACACAAUAUUCAGAGCAAUGUUAUUUUUCGGAUAGACUGAAUUUUAAAACCAAUGAGUAAUUGUGGCCAAAUGAAUUAAAAAGUUUUAGAAAUAUACAUUUAGAUGGUAGAUGAGAGAAG